CUGGAGCUAUGGCCCGCACUAAGCAGACGGCGCGCAAGUCCACCGGCGGCAAGGCGCCGCGGAAGCAGCUGGCCACCAAGGCCGCCCGCAAGAGCGCUCCGGCCACAGGCGGCGUCAAGAAGCCUCACCGCUACCGGCCUGGCACCGUGGCGCUGCGCGAGAUCCGCCGCUACCAGAAGUCCACCGAGCUGCUGAUCCGCAAGCUGCCCUUCCAGCGCCUGGUGCGCGAGAUCGCGCAGGACUUCAAGACCGACCUGCGCUUCCAGAGCUCGGCCGUCAUGGCGCUGCAGGAGGCCAGCGAGGCCUACCUGGUGGGUCUGUUCGAGGACACCAACCUGUGCGCCAUCCACGCCAAGCGCGUCACCAUCAUGCCCAAGGACAUCCAGCUGGCCCGCCGCAUCCGGGGAGAAAGGGCGUGAGCUCAAGACUCCCUAGCCACCUUCCCAAAGGCUCUUUUCAGAGCCACCCACACGCGCGCUUAAAAGAACUGUUGCUUGUGCUUCCUAGUCCCAAUUCUGGACUUCUUAGAAUCUCACUCUAAAGCUUGAAGUAUGUCCUAUUAUACGUGUACUCGUUAGUUCCAUAUUAUUUAGGUUCUCCAACAUGUGAUUUUAUAAGCAUCUAAGUAAGACCUAGUAGAUUGGCCCAUUUCUGUCCUGAACUUUUCAGUUUGCAAAAUGUCUGGGGGAAAAAAUCAAUUUUGAAUCAACCUUAUUAAUGUCUGUUAUCCAGUAAUCAGAAUUACAAUCUCAAUCCUUUUAGAAAUUAGACAAUCAGACUCGGACAGGAAUACUUUUUUUGCUAGCAAAGCAAUAAAACUUUUCCCU